GUCUAUUUCAUCAUUUCUCCAAAUAAUCACUUAAACAAAUAAAUUUAGCUUAAGCAUAUGUGAACUAUAUAUUUAUGGUUAUCCCAAGCGAGUUCCAUACACCUUCAGAAGCCACAACCCUAUCCUCGAGCAAGUAGAGACACCGACACAAAAGUUGUUCAGCCAUGGGCAAUUCCACCAUCAUUGAAAGAUGGUGGCUUGUAACUUUUGCAAGCUUUAUCGUCGUUCUUCUCUUUUUCCUCAAUCACAGCCCGGGUAUCAAUAAUAUAUCAGUACUUCAAAAUCUGACAAUGCCAAUUACAGCUUCCAAAAACUUCGCCAUGCCUAACAUGCAGUCUCCAAUGCCUCCUAACGUCAUUGAGAAUGAGGAACCAGCUAAAUCUUCAAAUCAAUUUCCUAUGUCCAGGUUGCAACCUUGCAUACCUCUAACUGAAACAUCCUCUGCUCAGAUUCCCUUGUCAGGCUUGCAAAACUCAAAACCAUCAGACUUCAGUGAUAACGUUGAACCAGCAACACCUUCUCAGCUUCCAGGGUCAGGCUUGCAAAAUUCAAAUCCAUCGGGUUUCACUCAAAAAGUGAAACCCGAAGCAUCUCAGGUUUCCUUGCCAGAGUUGCAAAAUCAGAAACAAGCAACUUCUUUUCAGCUCCCCUUUUCAGGUUUGCAAGAUACAAAACCAUCAGAAUUAACCGAUAAAAUUGAAGCAGCAACGUCUUCCCAGGUUCCUGUGUUAGACGUACAGAAUCAAGAACCAUCCAAAGACAAUGAUGAUGAGGACCCAAUUACUAUGGUGAAAGGAAGAAAAUGCAAUAUCUUCGAAGGAAAAUGGGUUUAUGAUCCUAUUGCCAGUCCUCUAUACGACUCAGCAAUGUGUCCAUUUUUUAGUGAUACAACGAGCUGCCGAAGGAAUGGACGGCCAGACAAGGAAUAUGAAAAAUGGAGGUGGGAAGCUAAUGAGUGUAAGAUUCCUCGGUUUAAUGCCAAGGACAUGUUGGAGAGACUUAGAGGGAAGAGAGUUGUAAUAGUUGGGGACUCCAUCAACCAUAGUCAAUUUGAAUCUCUUGCUUGCCUUUUGUAUUCUGCUAUACCUGAUCAAUCUUAUGUUGAUGCCCGGACUCGGGUCUUCAGGGCAGAGUCCUAUAACUUGGUUAUUCAGUCUCACUGGGCUGAAUUUCUUGUAGAAGUACUAGUGAACAAAACGGAUGGGAAAAAGACUUUAAAACUUGACUCACUUGUCCCCACUGCUAGGAAAUGGAAAGACGCAGAUAUUAUGGUGUUCAACACUGGCCACUGGUGGGUGAACCGCCUAAGGUGGGACUGGUUUCAAUACAAGCGGAAAGUGUUUGCAGAUAUGAAAAUUGAAACAGCAUUCAAUGUUGCAAUGAAGACUUGGGCUCGUUGGAUAGAAAAAAACGUAGACACUAGCAAAACAACAGUGUACUUCAGGGGCAUGUCUCCGCCUCAUUUUGGGAAACACUGGUGCUAUAUAUCAACCAGGCCCAUCAUGGAUGAGUCUUACCAAUUAACAUUCGGUAAAUCACUGAAAGAAAUUGUAGAGAAAACACUUCAAGGCAUGAGGACACCGGUGAAGUACUUGAACAUCACAAAGCUAAGCGAGUAUCGUAGCGAUGCCCAUUCUUCCAUUUACGGAACAAAGCAAGGGAAGUUAUUGAUUGCAACCAAACAGAAACCCCCAGCAAUGGUGGCCGAUUGCAGCCACUGGUGUUUGCCUGGUGUUCCUGAUACAUGGAACCACCUACUUUAUGCAUCUAUGGUCAUAGAUAGCUCCAGGAGCACUUCUACUUCCUGAAAUUAGGAUGUUCAUCUCUUCUUUCUUUUAAAAAAUUGUUCAUAAAUGGGGGGUUAUUCAUUGGUCAGAAGCAAUAAUAAUUCUGGAAUGCAGAUGAUAACCCUUUCAGAAAUUCAUGCUAAAAUUGGUUUGCUUUGGAAUUCUUACUUCACAUUGAUUAAAAUAAAUUAAGCAA